AUGUUAGCUGUUUGGUCAUGGAUGAUUCAUUUGCUUAGUAUAAAGUGUGAUAAAGAUGCAAAUUACAGGCGACUCAAGAGUGAAUACGAUAAGUUAAAAAUUGCUAAUACAAUGAGCCCCUCCAAGAAAUAUCAUGAUAAAUUGGUGAUAUUCCCUGAUGUCAAACGGAAUGCCAAUAUUGAUAAAGUUGAGUUGACAGAGAUAAAUAGCACUAGUAAUACUAUAAACACGGUUGAUGUGUUAACAUCAAAUGCUACAUUGAUAAACACGAUAAAGGAUAGAGUUAUCAUGUUGCUGACAACUAGCGCGAAUCAAAAGAAGUUAAGCAAGGAUGACAUUGAGAAGUUCUUUACUACUGACAGUUGUACUGUAGAGGAAUUCGAGGCAGCAAUAAAGCAACUAAAGGCAUUGAUAGAAAAACAAGGGGAUGCAAUAAAACGAUUGAUGUAUGAAGAAGUAAAGAAGGCAAUGACCAAAAUGGGAAAGGAUUGCAAGUUAAUAGCAAAAGAAAAACGCGAAAGCCUGAAAAAACAUUUCCUGCAACUGCCGUAUUUUAAGCCCAUUAAUAUUGAUAACAAGAGCGAAGUCACUACUUAUAUGUAUGUGACAUUUACAACUGGGAACAAAUUAAUGAAGUCGGAGAUAAUAACAAUAACAAGAAACAAUAAAAAAAUACAAACAAUGCAUGAUCUGGAAGAGUAUGAGAAGAAAAUAAUAAAGAAGAAAAAAACACCAAAGAAGAAAACAUCAAAGAAGAAAGAAACACCAAAGAAAGAAACACCAAAGAAAGAAAUAUCAAAAAAGAAAGAAACAUCAAAGAAGAGCAAAAUAUUAGUUGCUAUCAUAUUGGUUGUUGUGGGUAUAGUGAUAUUAUCAAUAGGAACAUUAAUAUUGGUAAAGAAAAGGAAAACCACAGAAGAAACAUUGGACCUUUAA